ACCCAUUCCGCGGAUUCCAACUCGGUUUUGGUGGAUUGAUACCUCAUUUUCCAUUCCUUUCCAGAGAUCAAUCAUGGCCGGCCGAGGUCAGCGCGGGCCAGCGAAAACGCUCCUUCAACCGAUCCACUUCAUCUUCAAGCUCCUACAACAAAGAUCUACAGUGUCGAUAUGGCUUUAUGAACAGCUUGCUGUCCGGAUAGAGGGGAAGAUACGCGGUUUCGACGAAUUUAUGAACUUGGUCAUUGAUGACGCCGUGGAGGUUAGAGUGCCAACAAAGGAUCAAGAAGAGCAAAGGAGGCAGUUGGGCCAGAUUCUACUCAAAGGCGACAAUGUUUCUCUGAUACAAGCGCUGCAAUAAAACUGUGUGGUUAAGGGAUACGAUUUGUACAUUGGCGUUUGUAUCGGCUAUUUAUUUCUCGGCGAAAGAAAAUGCGAAGGAGAAGGUGAAAGAAUGAUUUGCGUCUAUUCCCGCUUCAGUACCCGUCCGUCACCCGCGAUUAGCGCGUCUACUGGGUAAUCUUGUUCACCGGCUGGAACCCGUUCUGGAGGAGGAAGAAUUUGCUCUUGCAGAGCCAGAGCAGCUAUAGCUUGAAUGAGUCGACGAUAUAUGUAAAGAACCGGGGAGAGAUACUUACCGAGAUACGGUUUUCGACUUGUGCUUGUGGUAUCAUCUCGACAUCGCAUGAAGAAAUGGUCAUAAUAGCCCUUGCCAUGGCCGAGUCUUCCGAAGCUUUCAUCAAAUGCUAGUCCUGGCACAACAAUCAAAUCUAAUCCAGCCUUACUUGUCUCUGUGGAAGGAUGAGACAGCCCUCGAAGUCCAUAUCCCCCAAAGCAAUUUUCUCUUGUAGCAAGUGAGCCUGCGUCCAGCGAAGGGAUACCCCAUUUAUCUGGCUGCAGAGACUCGUAAUCCUCAAUUGAACGGAGUGCCAGCAUCUCCAUCACAGA